AUGUCGUCAAAAGUCUGGUUCAUCACCGGUUGCUCGUCUGGGUUCGGCCGCGAGCUCGCCAUUGCCGCUGCUCAGAACAACGACACCGUGGUGGCGACCUCGCGCGACGUCUCUAAGCUCGCCGAUCUCGUUCCACUCGGUGUCAUCCCCAAAACACUUGAUAUUCGAGCGAGCGAUGCGGAAAUCAAGGCUGUUGUUGACGAUGUUGAAGCUAGUAUUGGACCCAUUGACAUUCUUGUCAAUAACGCCGGGUAUAUCCUCGAAGGAGCGGUAGAGGAGUGCAGAAUCCCCUGUUCUAACGCGGAAAUGAGCAGUAACGAUGAAAUUCUCGCCCAAUUUGACGUGAAUGUCUUCUCCCAGAUCCGGCUUCUCCGCGCCGUUCUCCCCUCCAUGCGUGCCCGCAGAGCCGGGGUCAUCGCCAAUCUCGGCUCUAUUGCUGGGUGGGAUGGUACUCCCGCUGCGGGAUUCUAUUGUGCCUCGAAAGCUGCAAUUGCCAUCUACACUGAAUCCCUUCGGCACGAGGUUGCUCCGCUCGGAAUCGACGUGACAUGCAUUGAGCCAGGCUAUUUCCGCACCAACUUCCUCACCACCAGCGGCGGGCACAAGGUCACUGCGCGGAAACGGAUCAAUGACUUACAUGCUGGCACUCAGCAGGCUCGUGAUGCGUUGGCUGCUUAUAAUCUCCACCAGCCUGGUGACCCGGUCAAGGGGGCAAGGGUUAUUGUUGAGGCUCUUACGAAGGCGGGCCGUUGUGAAGGGCGAAGCUUACCUGGAAGGCUGGCGUUGGGACUGGAUGCUAUAGCGACGAUUGGCGAAAGUAUGAAGCGUGAACAGGAGAUGAUGGACACUUGGAGGGAUAUCAUUAGUUCUACGGAUUGCGCUGAUGUUUAG